AUGUAUCCGGCCAUACUUCCAACUCCACCACCAUCUCCCAUUCCCCGGUGUUAUGCUCCCGAGGACCGUUUAGGAUUUAUCUUGGCCAACCGUUUAGAACUCACUGGAAUCUUAGGCGUCGGUGCCUAUGGAGUCGUCUAUACUGCCGUGGAUAUUCAUACCAACGUUUCAUAUGCCGUGAAGGCAUUAAACAAGUCUGGGCUGGAUCCCCGACAACUCAAGUAUCAACAACGGGAGAUCCGCCUCCAUCAUUUGGCCAGUCAACACCCUAAUGUCGUCUCCCUGGUUCGCAUUAUGGAUUCCGUCGAUUGUACCUACGUCGUUAUGGAAUAUUGCCCGGAAGGUGAUCUCUUUUCCAGUAUCACCGAUAAAGGCAACUUCGUCACCAAUGACCCCUUGGUUAAGCGUGUCUUCUUGCAACUUCUGGAUGCCGUACAAUACUGCCACUCUCUCGGGAUUUACCACCGGGAUCUCAAGCCCGAAAAUGUUCUGGUCACCGACCAAGGCAUGACCGUCAAACUUGCCGACUUUGGCUUGGCCACCGAAGAAUACUUUACCUCGGAUUUCGGUUGCGGUUCCACUUUUUACAUGUCGCCUGAAUGUCAACAGACCAACCCUCAACCCAUGUCCUGUUACGCCUCUGCCGCCAAUGACGUUUGGAGCCUGGGGGUGAUGCUAGUCAAUCUAACAUGCGGUCGCAAUCCAUGGAAGCGGGCCUCCAUGGAAGAUUCCACUUUCCGGGCAUACCUUAAGGAUCCUUUCUUCCUCAAGUCAAUCUUGCCCCUUUCCACGGAAAUGGUUUGCAUUCUCAGCCGCGUCUUCGAGCGUGACCCUUCCAAGAGGAUCACUAUCCCGGAGUUACGCCAACUGAUCGUGGAGUGCCCUCGCUUUACCGAACCCUCUGUGGCUUCCUGGGUGCCGGACCAAAUUCCGCAGGCCGACUACUUCGUUCAUCCCCAGAUGCCUUUCAUUCCCGUAGAACCCUUACAUGCCCAGCCAUCUGGGUCAUCGUCGGAUUCUUCGCACUACUCGGAUUUCUCCGAUUCAGCUAUCUCAGACACUUCGGCCCUCACCGAGGAUUAUACCGACUACGAUUGCAUGUCGCCUGUUGUCUCGGAACAGGUGCCGGACUGCAAAGUGGUCUUCCCUUCGUCUCUCUGCGUGGAUCACUCUAUCCCCGCGGAUAUCUUCCCUGGACCUCCUAUUCCGGUCUGUUAG